UAGCCGUAGCGUUAAAACGUAUUAAGCAACGUCAGUCCAGGCCUAGCCGUCGCGUCGUUCAUAACUGCAUCGGAGUUGGCAAAAUGGCGAACUUUUCGGACCUGAUCGGUCUUCUAUGUUUCUGUGCAGCGGGAAUACAGUAUUCAUAUGGAUUUAUUGCAGAAUAUAAUGCAAUGAUGAACAACUGUAGAACUGAUGGCGGUUUCUGCAUCCACGUCAUUCCUCCGCCCCCGCCGCGUCGGCGUCAGCAGCAGAGACGCCGUCCAGUGUCGCGCACUAGAACCAGAAAGGGAUCGCGGGCGGGCCAGGGCAAGCCGGACCCAACCUCCCUCGGUCAGCAGCACACACGGCUCCCAGCGUCUGCGGGUGGCGGCAGUCCGGCAGCCGUGGGAGCCCCUGCAUACACCCCGGCAGUCGGCACUGGCGCCGGCGCUCAGACACAAGCUCCAACUAACCCAAUGUCAAUGUUUGACAACCUUUUCAACUUUGGAGCCGGCACGGGUACAGGGACUGGGACAAGUGCAGGCACCGGGACUUCCGCCAACGAUCCUUUUGCAACUCUCUUUGGUAUGAGUCUAUUCCGGAAGAAGCGUCAGGCUGCGGCGGAACCAAUGGAGGCGGCAGAGAUACCACGCAUCGCCCGCGGAGAGACCAUGAUCUCAUUUCUGAGCACCCAUUGCCGGAAGUCCGAGUUUGAUAUUGGAUGCCGGGAGUCGGGCGGCAUGUGUUGCUUACCUCAUCUGUAAACACAACUUACGGUAAAGUCCACACGGAGGCUAAACAAACAGAGCCUAUACCACAUUAACAACAAGCGAUUAUCGAGAGAUUCCAUGUGAACCCACAGUCGACAGCGUCGGAAAAAUCAACCAUGUCAUAAAAGUGACGUCAUAAUAGCGUUUUAUUGACACCUUGACCUAAUAAUUACCAUGCAUGUGUUCUGAACACGAAACGUAAAUUUAUGUUCAUAUUGAACACGAUAUAUAAGGAAUACAAAAAAAUAAUAAUGAAUAGUGAAACGGUAUGAGUGGUUUUGUAUUAUAAAGUGUAAAUGGUAAAACCCGUUCAGUGCUGAAUGUUUUGUGAGAGAUUUUAUCUACCCAUUCACCUGUACUUAUUAUACACUACAAUAAAUUAUUAAACACG